UGUAACAAACGGGGCAUCAAUGAGGAAAGCCCGUUCAUUACAUUUUGCCACGGACCGCGGCAGCUAUCGAAAUGUAUAAACACGGUGACAGAAGAAAACCUACGUUCACAUAGCAUUUCACAAAACAUUUCAAUGCUGUCAUGGCACUAAAAGCGCAGGUGGCGGAUGAGAAAAGCGCUUUCUUCAUCGGCGCUGAGGAGGAGGAGGAGGGCCACCAUGAACUUAUACUACAGAAAGGCAACGCUUUGGCUUCUGAGGACUGCCUCAAGGAGGCCAUCGACUGGUUUUCAGCGGCAUGGCGCUACGGAUCGGUGCGUCCUGAGCAGCUAAGCACUUUUGUGGACUGUAUCCUCCGCAACUUCAAGAAGAAAUCCCCCGGGCCGCAGUCCUCAGCGGGCCGGAGCCCGGACGCAGCGGAGGAAUCCGGGGACUUGGCGGUGUUCAGCUGCCCCAACUGUCAUGGCUUUUUAGGCGAACCUGUGACCGUAGCUUGUGGACAUUCAUAUUGUAAAAGGUGCUUACAGCGGUGCCUCGUAUCCAAGUGUAGGCUGUGCGACGAGCCUGUCGGGGGCGAGGAGAGAGCCAACGUAGCUCUGUGCGGACUUCUAGAAAAAUGGUUCCCCGACGAGCUGAAAAAGUUAAAAACGUUGCAAGAAGUGGAAGUGUCCUGCAAUAGAAAACGCUACAACGAAGUUGUGUCGCUAGCGAGCGAUAUUCUCCGCUCAGAUCCUAGCGUGACCUUGGCUCGUCUCUCUCGAGCAGAAGCGUACAUGGCUCUCAAACAGUACCGACUGGCUUUGGAGGACGCAGAGUUCUGUUCCAGGUCCAGCUAUUCUGCUGAAGCUCAGUUCAGGAAAGCUAUGGUGCUGCAUGAAAUGGGUCAGGUAGACGAGUCUCUCCAAGUCUUCCUCCACUGCUUGACAAUCGACGAGGACUUCCCAGGUGCUAAAAGAAAAGUGGAAAAGAUCUUGUGUGACCUCCUCUCCCCGGCUGAGGAGAAAGUUACGGUGGGCCUGAGAGAAACGACACAGAACACGUUGCCCCACCUGCGCAGUAAACAUCUUGUGACAGAAGCUCAGACUCAGAGCCCCAGUCAGAGGCAGAAGCAGCAACACCAGGUCCGUGCCGCCUCUGCCCACCAAGUGGACGGCCAGGAGAAGCGAUGCGAAAGCCUGGAGCGGCCCGGCCUGAGCCGAGCCCAGUCGCUUCGAAUGCACGGCUCUAGCAGCAGUGAAGAGGGGCUGAAGAGGGUGAGCUCAGCUCCUCAGCUGGGCGACCAGGACAAGGGAAGUCUGCUGAAGAGGAAGCUGUCUGUGUCAGACAUCGAAUCAUGUGUGGUGGACAGUGGGAGUAGCAAAUACAAGAAACAAGGUGUAUCAAAAGGCUUCAAGCUUAAAUCAGCCAAACCAAAAUCAUGCAGAAGUGUUCCUAAAGAUCUGCUGGACGCCAAUGACCUGGAGUGCUCCCUCUGCAUGAGAUUGUUUUAUGAACCCGUGACAACACCAUGCGGCCACACUUUCUGUAAAAACUGCUUGGAGCGCUGCUUGGACCACACUCCCCAGUGUCCCCUCUGCAAAGAGAGUCUCAGAGAGUAUCUAGCGCGCAGGAAGUACGUAGUGACGAAUGUCUUGGACAUCAUGAUCAAACAGCUUUUCAGUCAGGAGUACGAGGACAGGACGAAAACACACCUGGAGGAGAACAGAGAGUUGUCCGACUUGACGAAGAAUGUGCCUAUCUUUGUCUGUACUAUGGCUUACCCCACUGUGCCUUGUCCCCUCCAUGUCUUUGAGCCACGUUAUCGCCUCAUGAUCCGCCGCUGUAUGGACACAGGCACGCGGCAGUUUGGGAUGUGCAUUAGUGAUGCUCAGAAAGGGUUUGCAGACUAUGGCUGCAUGCUGAUCGUCAGGAGCGUCCACUUCCUCCCUGAUGGUCGUUCCGUGGUCGAUACCAUUGGAGGAAAACGCUUCCGGGUUUUGUCCAGAGCAAUGAAGGAUGGUUACAAUACUGCGGACAUUGAGCACCUGGAGGACACCAGGGUGGAGGACAGAAAGGAACUAGAAAAGCUACAAGAACUUCAUGAUGCAGUUUAUGAACAGGCCCAAGUCUGGUUCGAAAAUCUCAAAAUCCGCUUCCACAACCAGAUUCUGCAGCACUUUGGACCAAUGCCAGAACGAGAACCAGACAUCCAGGCAACUCCAAAUGGUCCUGCUUGCUGCUGGUGGCUGCUGGCCGUUCUGCCCAUUGACCCUCGGUACCAGCUGUCUGUCCUGUCCAUGACCAGCCUCAAAGACCGCCUGGUGAAGAUCCAGAACAUCCUCGCAUAUCUGCAGAGCAUUCCCAACAACUAAGAGCUUCCCCUUCAACAAGCAUCCUCCGGGACUUUAAAAGUAACAUUGAGAAACCAUCAGUCAGCAUCCCAACAAACUACAGUCUCUACUAUCAGUGGCUUCAGUGUUGUUUCUUUUUACAGCUUCACUUUACUGUUCUGUACUCAAAUUACACACAGGUUUCAGUGAGAAUGCCUCAAAGGCAUGGAUCAAUAAAACAGACGCGGGGCCUAACAACCUCAGGGAUGCACUUUUUGCUAUGAAAUAAGGUAAAAAACAAAAGAAAGGUAAUGCAAAUGGUUGCAUCUGUUCUCUCCUGAUGCAGUUAUUGUUCAGAAAAUCUUCCAUAAAGAUUUUGGGGAGAAGAAGCUACUCAUCCAGAUGAAGACAGCAGAGAGUAGUAUUUCUAACAAUUGUCUGAAUGUCGUCUUUGUUUUUUUUUUGUUUUUUUUUUACAACUGAUGUAACAGUAAAAGUUACUGGUCUCUUUUUUUUAGACCAGUAAAAGAGAGACAAUAAGAUGUAUUUUAAUUUGAAAGAAGGCGGAACAGAAUCCUAAAUGCUGAAAGUUUGAAAAAGGGGGGCAAAAAAAACGUUUAUUACACAGUUAUACCUCACUUUAAAGUUGGCACAUGGAGGCUUCAACAUGUGAGGAAAAAUGUGUGCGUACCUAAGUGCAUCCACAGGUUGAUGUAUGCGUACCCAGCACUGAUAAAAGUAUUCCUUUCAAGUUUUCACUCUCUUCUUUCACACGCACAAACUUCCAUUGCUGCCUCCUCACAGCGGCAGCGAACCCGUUUUUACAAAAUUGAGAUGAUCUGUAUUUCUUCCUGUCUUUUUUUUUGUUUUUACUUUUAAGUUUCUUCCAGUUUCUGUGAUCCUGAAAUCUGAUGUUUUAUUUGUCUUUCUUGUCUCAUUGAAUCCUCCCAGUUUUGUUUUGCUUUUUGUUUGGUUGUUUUUGUGUGUGUGGGUGUGUGUGUGUGCUGUCCAGUCAUCUUAACCAAACAACAUUGUGGAUCUGGUUCCUGUGCAGCGUCAGUGGGAUAUUUGCUCUACAAAAAGUACAAAAAGGAAGAAAGUAGGACAUUACUCCUGCUACGCAAUUGACUUUAUUGAAUUAAAGGCACAGCAGACCAUAUCUGGUUCAAGCAGCAUUUAUGACAAGCCAUUGCAAAGAGACAGAUUAUAAAGGUGAUCAAUUAUAUAUUGUAAUUGCAAUAGCAACAUGAGCGACAUACUCAAUUUGACAUGUGAUUAUUAACCCCCUUCAUCUAUGUGGUUGAGAGUCCAUACAUUAGUAUUCACAUUUUCCUGUUAAUUCCCAAGGAUUAAUAUAAUUUAGAAUAUAUUCCUACUUUGAGAAUACUAUGAAUACUAGGGAGUACUGGCAAUAUUCUGACAAGUUGAAAGAAGAUCAAGAAUACAUCAAAGGACUGUAUGUUAUUCUUCAUUAAAGCUACUGAGUGUUUGGGGAAGAGAAGAAGGUACCUGCAGAGCUGCAUUUGCCUUGCACCACAUUACAUUGUGAUUUCUGUACCAUAAUGCAUUGGCUUGGUUACCAUUCCUUUUUUUUUUUUGUUGCCACAGCGUGAAUGUUUGUUUUUAUUUAAAAAAGGUUUUUGUCAAUUUAAGCUUCUGUCUUCACAUUAUCUAUUAAAAAUUGUGAGAAUAAAAAUACAUAUAUUAAGUUAA